AAAAAAUUAUAAAUCAAUCAACAUUUACUUGAUAUAAUCAUGUCGAACUUGCAACAGUCCUACAACGCUGGACAGACCAAGGGCCAAGCUCAGGAGAAGGCUGAGCAAUGGACAGAAUCUGCAAAGGAAACUGCACAAAGUGCCCGCGACAAGACUGCUAACGCGGCGCAGUCCACCAAAGAAUCUGCCCAACAUGGCCAACAACAAGCCUCUGGUUUCAUCCAACAAACUGGAGAGUCAGUGAAGAACAUGGCUCAGGGUGCUGUUGAUGGUGUCAAGAACACUCUUGGCAUCAAUGAUAAGAAAUAAUAAGUCAAAAGAACUAUUCAUAUCAUAAAUUUUACCUAUUUGGAGUUUAUUAAAACAUUUGAAAACUCCUUUUUGUC